ACGGAAAAUGCCGGGAUAAUGCUGCUCACCCGCCUGGCAGGGGCUCUGGUCCCCGCCAUGGCCUUCCUCUCCUGCCUGAGACCUGAGAGCUGGGACCCUUGCGUGCAGAUGUGAAAUUCAGAUGAUUGAAGAUGAUGCGUAUCAAGGCCUAAACAAUCUCUCCAUCUUGAUAUUGACGGGAAACCCUAUCCAGAGCUUAGCCCCAGGCGCCUUUUCUGGACUAUCAAGUUUACAGACACUGGUGGUUGUGGAGAUAAACCGAACAUCUCUAGAGGACUUGCCCAUUGGACACCUGCAAACCUUGAAGGAGCUCAAUGUGGCUCACAAUUUUAUCCAUUCCCUCAAGUUACCUGGAUAUUUUUCUAACCUGCCUAACCUGGAGCACUUGGAUAUUUCCAAUAACAAGAUCCAAAGUAUUUCCCAGAAAGACUUGCAGGUUCUACAUCAAAUGCCCCCAUUCAAACUCUCUUUAGACCUGUCCCUCAACCCUUUAGACUUUAUCCAACCAGGUGCCUUUGAAAAUAUUAAGCUCCGUGAACUGACUUUGAGAAGUACUUUCAAUAAUACAGACGUCAUGAAAACUUGCAUUCAAGGUCUGGCCGGUUUAAAGAUCAAUCAGUUGGUUCUGGGAGAAUUUAGAAAUGAAAGGAUCUUGGAAAAAUUUGACAAAUCUGCCCUGGAGGGACUAUGCAAUUUGACCAUUGAAGAAUUCCGGAUAGCACACUUUGACGACUUCACAGAGGAUGCUCUUGGCGUUUUAAAUUGUUUGGCAAAUGUUUCUACAAUUUCUCUGGUGAGUCUGGAUUUAGACAAUCUAGACGGCCUGCCUAAAGUUUACAAAUGGCAAUACCUAAAAUUGACUAAUUGUAACUUUAAACAUUUUCCUGAAUUGGAGUUUGCUUUUCUCAAAAAGUUUGUUUUCAAUGCCAACAAAGUUAUGACCAGUUUUACUAAAGUUACGCUACCAAUGCUUGAGUUUCUAGAUCUCAGUAAAAAUCACUUGAGUUUCAAGGGCUGCUGUUCUCACAUUAAUUUUGGGACAACCAGACUGAAACACUUAGAUCUGAGCUUCAAUGAUAUUAUUACCAUGGGUUCAAACUUCAUGGGCUUAGAGCAACUAAAGUAUCUGGAUUUGCAACAUUCCAGUUUGAAACAGAUCAAUGAGUUUUCAGUAUUCCUAUCACUCAAAAACCUCCGCUACCUUGAUAUUUCUUAUACCAACACCAAAGUUGUCUUCCCGGGCAUCUUCGAUGGCUUGGUCAGCCUCGAAGUCUUGAAAAUGGCUGGCAAUUAUUUUCAGAAUGACUUCCUUCUAGACAUCUUCACACAUAUGACUAAUUUGACCAUCCUGGACCUCUCUAUGUGUCAACUAAAAUCGGUAGCCCAGGGAGCAUUCAGCUCACUCCUUAAGCUGCAGGUGCUAAAUAUGAGUCACAAUAACCUCUUGUCCUUGGAUAUGCUUCCUUACAAAAAUCUCUCCCUCCACGUUCUGGAUUUUAGUUUUAAUCAUAUAGUGGCUGCCAAUGGGCAAGAACUACGACAGUUUCCAAGUAGUGUGACUUUCUUAAAUCUUACUCACAAUGACUUUGCUUGUGUUUGUGAACACAUGAAUUUCCUGCAGUGGGUCCAAGACCACAGGCACCUCUUAGAGGGAGCCGAACAAAUGAUGUGUGUGAAACCUUUGGACAUGCAGGGCAUGCCUGUGCUCAGUUUCAGAAAUGCCACCUGUCAGUUGAGCAAGACUAUCAUUAGUGUGUCUGUUCUCUCCAUACUUGUGGUAUCUGUGGUGGCAAUUCUGGUCUAUAAGUUCUAUUUCCACCUGAUGCUUCUGGCUGGUUGCAAAAGGUAUGGCAAAGGUGAGAGUACCUAUGAUGCCUUUGUCAUCUACUCGAGCCAUGAUGAGGACUGGGUAAGGAAUGAGUUGGUAAAGAACCUGGAGGAGGGGGUGCCCCCCUUUCAGCUCUGCCUUCACUACAGAGACUUUAUUCCUGGUGUGGCCAUCGCCGCCAACAUCAUCCAGGAAGGCUUCCACAAAAGCCGGAAGGUUAUUGUCGUGGUGUCCCAGCACUUCAUCCAGAGCCGAUGGUGCAUCUUUGAGUAUGAGAUUGCCCAGACCUGGCAGUUUCUGAGCAGUCAUGCAGGCAUCAUCUUCAUCAUCCUGCAGAAGGUGGAGAAGUCCCUGCUCCGGCAGCAGGUGGAGCUGUAUCGCCUUCUCAGCAGGAACACGUACCUGGAGUGGGAGGACAGUGUCCUGGGGCAGCACAUCUUCUGGAGACGACUCAGAAAAGCUUUGCUGGAUGGCAAACCAUGGAGUCCAGAAGGAACAGCGGAUGCAGAAAGCAGCCAGCAUGAAGCCACAACCUCCACCUGAGGAACAGACACUCCUCAGGUGUGUCUUGCUCAGGUCGACUCAAUACUUGUUCAAUUAACAAGUAUUAAAUGCUGCAACACAGCCGGCAUCACACUAGGGAUGGUGAUUCACUGGUACAAAAGGGACACGGGGCUGCGAACCUCUUGGAGUUGACAGUGCAGAGGGAAUAAAUACUGUGCUAAUAUAGGACCUCCAGGUGGGUGUUCCAACCAGUUCAGCUAAGAUGCUCACCACACGGAAAGUCAAUUCAACUCUUACCCCAUGCAGCUGAAUUAUAACUCAGACGGUGACAUCAGAAAAGGACACAACUCUUCUCUUGAGCCUUUGAAUGGAAAACACUUGAUAUAUAACAUUUGGCCACCUUAAAACACCACAAUUGUGGUAGUUUCAACUAAACUGGGCCUUUUCUCCUGAAUAUCAUUUAAACUCUGUGAUGAGUCAGAAGGCUUCUGAUUCAGACCCUCCUCCACUCUAAGUCAGUUUCCUUACAAAGGCUGGAACCUUGCAGCAAUUCCCUAAGGAAACCCGAUGAACACAUAUUCGCAAACAUCCUGGUCAUUUUUUAGCAUGUCCUACUUAUUAGCUAAUAGUUCCUGAUAUAUUUUUGUUUUUAAUAAAUUCAGUUCUCAUGUCACAUGUCUUCUCUAUGAACCGGGAUCAUAAACAAGGAUGUCAGAGGUGUGCUGGACAUAUCCACAUUUAACCAUGAUCUUUCAAGCAAAUAUGUAAAACGUGCUCUGUCACUUGAUGUCAUUACACAUUUAUUAUCUACUAUGUUGUGACUGCCAUAAAGGCAACAUUAAAAUAACUCGGUAGAAAGUGGCACCUGUUGUAAUGGGGGGAGAAGUCCGGCUUCCUGGUCUCAUGAUGAGCAGUCAGGGCAGGAGGAAGGGCACGAGGUGGGUGGCCUCAGGACCACAGCUCUUCUGGAUGAUCCCAGCCGGGGUGACGACAUGGCAAGAGCUGCAGCAAAGGUUUCCUCCGUGUCCAAUGAGUAUUUGAUGAAACACUGAAUCCCCCAGGGGACUGUGACAUGAUUCCAAGCGGGGAGCGCACAUUGCAGUUCUGCUGGGCAUCACUCCGUGACCACAUUUACAAAAGAGCAGAUGUUCUCAUUGCGAAAAUACGUUCCUGAGGUUCGUGUGGGUCAUGGCAGUUCUCACAAAAGCACACUCACCCAGGUUCCCCAGAAGAAAGCAGUAAGGACAUUUGAAAGACACGGUUGUCAAAACCUGAACGGUGGCCCCACGCAGGGCCUGUGUAUGUGGCUGAGAGUCUCAGAGUGUGUUUUGGUCGAGCAUGGUGGGAGUCGCUGAACGUGCCUGGGUGUGUUUUUAGGUCUUAAUGUGCUAGUGACAGUGGAUGCAUGUAUUUGUGCACACACCUCUCCGUGUUCUUGGCUGUGUCUGUGGGAUCACGUGUGCAUGGAUGAGAGUGAUCACAUAGCAAGGGGGGGGAUACACACAUUUGAUGGGGACGUCUACAGCUGUUUUGGGUUCUGUGCCCUUGUGUUUGUAUGUGAUUGCUUAUAGGUGAGUGCCCUGGAUUCUGAGCAGCCUGCAGGUCUGUUUUUAUGUGUGUCCUGGCUGUGUGAGUGUGCUCAUGUUCGUAUUUGAGUAUGUGUUCUGCAUAUGUGUUUUGGUAUAAGCAAAUAUACAAGACUGCAAGGAGGAAAAUGAAAAUACAAUUGGAGUGGUUCCUGUCUACUCUCCCCAUCAGCCCCUUCUGCCAGAUGGGAAUCCUGGAAAUCGAGGGUGGGGGAGACAAGGAUAAACGACUGCUCUGACAGGAGCAGAGGGGGUGAGAGAGGAAAGUCAGGCCUAGGCACAGGUUUCAGAACCAUUUCAAUUCUCCGGAUUAAAGAGACAUGAAGGGCAGAAUAAAAGGAAAUUAAUAUAAUUAGCAAGCCUUCAGUUUGGAUAACGCCCUACAAAUUGGAACACGAUGACACAGUGACGACCACACUUGAAUCUCGUAUCAUCCAGGUGAAGUAGCAGACCGAGAACGAGAUUCCCAUUUCAUGCAGGUGAAACCUGAUGCUCAAGGGAGUUCGUUUAUGGUCGGCGGGCCAGGGAAUGGACGAGUGGCCGGACCUGCACUUGGGCCUCCGGCCUUGUCAGGGCAGCUCACUUCCCACUCCACCCCGCUGCUCACGCUUCAGGUUGGCAAACGAGAAGUGAAACCUGGCAGUUAGAUGUGUGGUUGACACUUGUCAAGGGUUUUUCACCAAAAUCGUGAAUCAUUAGGCAAAUACAUAUGCAUCUACAUUAUAUAUCCUGGGUGAUUUAUUUAUAACACAUUUCUUUUCAUGAAGGGUAUGAAGGAGAUUCAACCAUAGUAGAUGCAUGGGCAAUACGUUUAAUCAAUACGAACCAGAAAACCUGGACAAAGAACCAAAAGGGGAAAGAAAGACCCCAAGAGUAAGCUUAGCAUGCUGCUUCCCAUUCUAACUCCAGAAAGAUCAUUUCAGUUCGCUGGAGAAUGUGGCUACUGGAGAAAGCCAAAACUCACGUUCACUAUUUCCUAGGCAUGACUUGGCCUUCACUUCUCUGAGAAGCUACUUAACUCAAACAUAAAAAGAGGGUGGACUAUUACUCUGUAAAGCUGCUGCUAAGUGUUUAAAAUAAGUGUUUAAUACUAGGAACACGAUCUGUAUGUAUGGGUGAGUAGUCCUCUGGGACUUUGUAAAGAAGCCACAGGGAGAAAUACUGAGUGGUCUUUGCAAUAAUGGCACUUUAGCAAUUGUUUUCCCAACCGGUGGGACCACAGGCGGCCUGAAACUGUCAUUAGACGGUUUCUUUCCGAUUUGGCCUUCACUCAUGGGAUUGUCAGAACCCCGGCCUCCUUCUGAAUUAUAUCAACCUUUCUAGAAAAUGCCAACAAGGUCCUAGAGGGUCUUACAGGAAUGCACAAGAGUCCUCACAAGAAUGGCAGAGCUCUGUGCUGACAGAGAGCAUGUCUGUUGGCCUCAGCUUUUUCAUCCUUGAGCUCGAUAGUCCGCACAGAACAGACAGACAGCAUCUGCUUAUUUAAAGCAUUGAUGAGUAAACAAAGAGCCCUCUCUAUAGGGAAUGUUGGCCUCUGUGCUUCCCAGACAAG